AUGUCAUUGAAAGUCAGCGGUCUUAACGUACUGCACCGGCCUGUACAAGCUCCUGAAAAUUCAGAUCCUCAAUAUGAUGGCCCCCAGUCUUCUACCACGAUUUUACCCAAGGAUUUCAGAAAGAGCCCAGAUGCCGCAGCUUUUCGAACCGCUACGAUCUUUACAAAGGACAUCGAAAUUGUUCUACGAGAUGGAACAAAGAUACGCGCAGAUAUUUUCCGCCCGCACGAUUCUGCUAAUUCUGUCCCGGCAUUGAUCGCUUGGAGCCCUUAUGGGAAAUCCGGCCGAGGGCAUUUCAACCUCAGUAUAGUGCCUGAGAGGGUGGGAGUACCUGAAAAAAGGCUGUCGGGCUUUGAGAAAUUUGAAGCACCAGAUCCUGCGGAAUGGACGGCCCGUGGAUACGCUAUUGUGAAUGUAGAUCCCCGAGGGGUUUACGACUCCGAAGGAGAUAUUCGUUGGUUGGGUUCCGCAGAAGGUCAAGAUGGGUAUGAUGUCGUGGAAGAAAUUGCCAAAAUGCCGUGGUGUAACGGCAGUGUCGGGCUUGUCGGUAAUUCAUGGCUAGGCAUGGCACAGUGGUUCAUCGCAGCCGAGCGGCCGCCUCAUUUGAAAUGUAUCGCUCCUUUAGAAGGGGCAAGCGACAUGUAUCGUGAGCUCUGGUGUCGUGGUGGCAUACCUCAAUGGCCAUUCUGGGGAUUCUUAGCCGAGACAAUGUGUGGGCGGAAUCGUCGAGAAGAUGUGAAGGGGAUGCUCGACGAGUAUCCCCUCAUGAACGAGUAUUGGGAGGAUAAAAGAGCUAGAAUCGACCGUAUCAACGUUCCAGCUUAUAUUCUUGCAAGUUAUUCCACUUUCCUGCACACCAUGGGAUCGUUCCGUGGAUUUGAAGAGCUUGGGAAUGACCAGAAGUGGUUGCGAGUCCAUCCUACCCAAGAGUGGUUUGACCUUUAUCAAACCAGUACAAAUGAUGAACUCCAGAUGUUCUUCGACAGAUAUACCAAAGGCAUUCAGAAUGGCUGGGAAAAUACUCAAAGGGUGCGGGUUUCUCUUCUACGGUUUAACAAAGAACCUAUCGUGAACUACCCUUUCAACACCUGGCCUAUUCCCACAACCAAACACGAGGCUCUCUAUCUGACUAAAGAUGGUCUUUUGUCGAAAAAGCCACCAUUACAAACCGAAACGUUGUCGUAUCAGUCAGACGUCAGAAGCUUCCAGAUUGAUUCUGAUAGCGAAGAACUUCAAUUUGAGUACACUUUUGCUCGGAAGACCUGCCUUCUGGGCUGCUCGCGCGCUUUGCUUCAAAUGUCUUGCCCGGACUACGAUGACAUGGAUGUUUUCGUUCAACUGCGCAAAGCGGACAAGGAUGGUCACAUGUUGCAAAACAUCAACAUUCCUUUUCAAGAUCUAGGAAAAAGUGCCGACGAAAUUGAAAACGUCAAUCCUCUCAAAUACCUUGGUCCAACCGGGGCUCUUCGUGGGAGUCACCGUGCCAUUGAUCCAAGGUUGUCAACGCCUCUUUGGACCGAGCAUGAUUAUACUUCCCGAGAACCUGUGAAGCGAGGGGAGAUAAUUACGAUGGACAUCGGUAUAUGGCAAACAGGUAUAGUCUUUGACGUCGGAGAAAGACUGGUUCUUAAGGUUUCGGGCCAUAACAUGACCCUGGCUGAGUUCACUGCGCUACGAGGGCAGUUGACUGCUGCGAAUGUGGGCAGGCACGUACUUCAUGUCGGGGGAAUGUAUCAAAGUCGCUUAGUGAUUCCAUUGGUGGAAAUUGAUCAACGGUAG